CUUCUCACAUUUCUCUCUCUGUAAGCCAUGGCUUCUUCUUCUCUCACUCUCUCUCAAGCUAUCCUUUCUCGUUCAGUUUCUCGCCAUGGCUCUUCUUCUUCCACAAACUCUCAGCUUUACCCUUCUUCCCUCUCUCUUCCAACUUUUUCCGGUCUUAAAUCCACCACUGCUACCUCAUACCGCCGCCAUAUUCUUCCCUCCGCCGCCGCCUCCGGCAGACACUCCGCGAUUCGCGCUUCAGCUGCUGUGGAGACUUUAGAGAAAACUGAUAAUGCCCUUGUUGAGAAAUCUGUAAAUACGAUCAGAUUUUUGGCUAUUGAUGCUGUUGAAAAGGCGAAUUCGGGUCAUCCGGGUUUACCUAUGGGAUGUGCUCCUAUGGGUCAUAUAUUGUACGAUGAGAUCAUGAGGUAUAACCCCAAGAACCCUUAUUGGUUUAAUCGUGAUCGCUUUGUUCUCUCCGCCGGACAUGGAUGUAUGCUUCAGUAUGCUUUGCUUCACCUCGCUGGCUAUGAUGCUGUCAGGGAAGAGGACUUGAAGAGCUUCCGUCAGUGGGGAAGCAAAACCCCUGGACACCCCGAGAACUUUGAGACACCUGGUGUUGAAGUCACUACUGGGCCUCUUGGACAAGGGAUUGCCAAUGCCGUUGGCUUGGCCCUCUCAGAGAAGCACUUGGCUGCUCGUUUCAAUAAACCUGAUACUGAGAUUGUAGACCACUACACCUAUUGUAUUGUUGGUGAUGGUUGCCAGAUGGAGGGUAUUUCACAAGAAGCUGCUUCUCUUGCUGGACACUGGGGGCUCGGAAAGUUGAUUGCUUUCUAUGAUGACAACCACAUCUCAAUUGAUGGUGACACAGAAAUCGCUUUCACUGAGGAUGUUGCUGCCCGUUAUGAGGCUCUUGGUUGGCAUGUAAUCUGGGUGAAGAAUGGUAACACUGGUUAUGAUGAGAUUCGUGCUGCCAUUAAGGAAGCAAAAGCAGUCACAGACAAACCCACUUUGAUCAAGGUGACUACAACCAUUGGUUUUGGCUCGCCCAACAAGUCAAACAGUUACAGUGUACACGGAAGCGCACUUGGAGCUAAGGAAGUAGAAGCCACAAGGCAGAACUUGGGAUGGCCUUAUGAGCCUUUCCAUGUGCCUGAAGAAGUCAAGAGCCAUUGGAGCCGUCAUGUUCCCGAGGGUGCUGCUCUUGAAGCUGGAUGGAAUUCUAAGUUUGCUGAAUAUGAGAAGAAGUACCCAGAGGAAGCUGCAGACCUCAAAUCCAUCAUCACUGGUGAACUACCUGCUGACUGGGAGAAAGCUCUUCCUACCUACACACCUGAAAGUCCAGCAGAUGCCACCAGAAACUUGUCCCAACAAAACUUGAAUGCUCUUGCCAAGGUUCUUCCUGGUUUCCUUGGUGGUAGUGCUGAUCUUGCCUCAUCAAACAUGACCCUCAUGAAAAUGUUUGGUGACUUCCAAAAGAGCACCCCAGAGGAGCGUAAUAUAAGAUUUGGUGUUCGUGAACAUGGUAUGGGAGCUAUCUGUAAUGGAAUUGCUCUCCACAGCCCCGGCUUAAUUCCCUACUGUGCUACUUUCUUUGUGUUUACUGACUACAUGAGAGCAGCCAUUAGAAUUUCAGCUUUGGCUGAAUCACGCGUUAUCUAUGUUAUGACUCAUGAUUCAAUUGGGCUUGGAGAAGAUGGCCCUACACAUCAGCCCAUUGAGCAUUUGGCAAGUUUCCGUGCAAUGCCCAAUGUUCUGAUGCUCCGCCCAGCAGAUGGUAAUGAAACAGCUGGUGCUUACAGGGUGGCCAUCCUCAAGAGUAAGACACCAUCCAUCCUGGCUCUUUCUCGGCAAAAGUUGCCUCAGCUUGCUGGAACUUCUAUUGAAGGAACAGCAAAAGGUGGCUACACUAUAUCAGACAACUCUUCAGGCAACAAGCCUGAUGUCAUUUUGAUUGGUACUGGCUCAGAGCUGGAAAUUGCUGUCAAGGCUGCUGAUGAACUCAGAAAGGAAGGAAAGGCCGUGAGAGUUGUCUCCUUCGUUUCUUGGGAGCUUUUCGAUGAGCAAUCAGCUGAGUACAAGGAAAGUGUCCUUCCAGCAGCUGUUACCGCUAGAGUUAGCAUUGAAGCUGGAACCACAUUUGGGUGGGAGAGGAUUGUCGGAUCCAAGGGGAAGGCCAUUGGAAUUGACAGAUUCGGUGCCAGUGCCCCUGCUGGAAAAAUAUACAAGGAGUUUGGAAUCACAGCAGAGGCUGUUAUAGCUGCAGCUAAACAAGUUUCUUAGACUCUUAUUACUUACCCUUGGUUGCUGGCGUCUACCAAAGUUGUUUUCGUUUUGGUUCUGAGGUUGGAGAUAAUGGUGGAAAUCGAUACCAAGUGGCCUCGGCAGUUCUGAUAUUUUCAAUAAAGACAAUUUCUUCGUCAUUUUCUUCAGUUUGAGCAGCGGGGCAACCAGAAUGAACCCAAGAUGAGGAUAGAAAUAGGCUUUUAUGGAUGCUCCUGACCCAUGUACACUUAAACAUAUCUUUGAGUUUUGUAACUUUUGUUUGGUCGAGUGAUAAUGAGGUCAAUUU